AUAGGGGCUCAGUCAACGCCGAGCGUUGUUCGGGAACGGAAUCGCCAGCGACCAGCGGAUGCCACAAAAAUAUAACAAACGAGCAAAAGCCACCGCGAACCAGCCGAAAGCGGGCAAAUAAAUGGAAAAAGCUCACACAAAUUAGCGCUAUGUAAAAAGUACAAUAAAAAAACUCUCCGAAAAUUGGACAAGUGUCGCCGGUGCGGCGGUUGGGCAAUAAAAUACUAACCCCACAACGUCACAAAUGCCGCGAUGACGUCGCCAAUUAGUGCGGCGGUGCAGCGGCGGCGGCAGCUGCUGUGCAGGGUUGAAAGUUUGCGCGGUCGGGUCCGUCAAGUGCUAAAAUGUGUUAUUAAUUUGCAUAUCGAGUUUUUGGUGCUAGAAUCCGAUGUGGCCGCUUUGCUGGACGAGGUGCGGGAGUUCAACGACGACUGCGAGGAGAUGCGCCGCCUCGAUGCGAUGAUCGAGGCUCUGAGGGACUACAGCGGACCCACGGUAUGCCACGAGUGGCCCUAUCCGCUCAUCUUCAAAGGCACAAUCGACGAGGCACACGUUGCACAAAUUCUCAAUUCCAGCGAACUGGAACUGGACCCAGAACUUGGCUUGGAAAAAGUGUCUCAACGAAAAGACGCUAACCAUAAACGAUCAAGAUUGCUGAGAUUCGUGAGGAGAAGCCACAGAAAACAAACAGAGCGAUCUAGUGAUCUCGAAUCACCCGAUUAGUUGUGUCUCUGUAAUCUAGUCCAUUAAGACUCCAGCCCAGAACAACCUCUUCAAGUUCAAGUUUAACGAAUAAAAUAUUUAGUUUGGUAAAGUGCCUUGAAAUAAAAUCAUAAAACACUAUUCAAAAAUUCAUAUGUACCGUAAUAUAUCAAAGACUGUUAAUAAAUACCAUAUUUAUUUCUAUCACAAAA